AUGCCUCCAAAAAAGGGUCAGCGUAAAUCGAUGCCGGCGCGCAUCAAUAAAACACCUACCUUGACACCUUCUCGGCGCUCACCACGAGUUCCUCCUCAAAAAAGCCCUACUGAAACCGCCAACCCACCCAAAACGUUGAACCUUACACCCGCCUCGCCCCAAGAAUCCUCAAUCAACAUUCGUUUCUACAACCCCAAACCUGCUGCAACUAGUCCUCGCUCACAAGAUGAGGUCCCAGAAACGCCAUCUUCACGCCGACGAGCAUUCCAAACUCGUCCCUCUCGUUUAUCCACGGUCUAUACACCAACCAUAGAGACCCCGGUCAGCCAGGGCAGUCGGCGGACCAGACGGACAGCUGCUCUCGAAACACCAAGAAAUGAUCAAUCCGACUUUGAUCCUCUAGAGGGUAUCGAUAAUACCGGCUGGACCAAUGAUCAAUAUUUUGAUGCACUCGGAUCAGAAGGAACACCGGACGGUCCCUCCAGCCCCACAAGUGCGUCUGACAUGCGGAACUCAUCGCGAGUGCGCAAGCCUACGAUUAGGGCUCUUGAAUCUUUGGAAUCGGCAAAGAAAAAGCCUCGCAAAAAUGCGAAAGCAUCGACUCCGAUCGGGGAAAAGCCUGCUCCCCCCUCAAAGCCAGUGAAGAAUAAUGUCCUCAAGAAGAGUGCCAAGAAGACUCGAACGUCAAAGCGCAUGGCAAAUUCAAAGACGCAAAAUAGUAUGAUUUUGUUAGGCAGUGAUAUGGACUUCAAACUCGCUGGCAAGAGGUUGUUUGAGCUCACUCUUGAAGCUCUAAACCCUGACUUCAUUCUUCCAAUUAAUGUUGAUGCCGAGCAAUUCAUCAAGGAGAGACGAGACGAAUACUAUCAAAACAGCCACGAUGAAAAAUACGGAACUACUACCUCUGCCGACGAUAUUUCUUCGUCCCAGGCUGUCGAUGAAGUCGUCCCAGAAGCCAUCGUCCCAGAAACCUCUGCUGUCUCAGCAUCUACCACUCCAGCUCCCGCAGCUACAUCCACUGACACCCCGGGUAUCAUUGGCUUCGAAAAGCAAUCUGAUACCAAAAUCAGCAGUGAUGGCUGGAUUGAAACCGGUUACGUCAACGACAAAGCUGAAGAAGUCUCUCUAAUUCCGGAUGACUACCACCUUUAUCGCUCAUUGCACACCUACGGUGAUGAUAACCUGCCUUAUCCCCCUGUGCGUGCUCGUACGGAUCAACAGGGCGAUAGUGACUACGCUCGCGGCUAUCCACCACUCAUCGGGUCCCGCAACCUCCCCGUCGGCUCGCAGUCACCUUUCCAGUCAGAGAACGUGGAUGAGGAAAAAGCCAAAGUGUUAUCCCGCCCUCAGGAAACCCCCGUUAUUGCACCAGCAACUGCUACUCGCAAGCCUCGUGCCACGCGCAAGCGUCGUCAGACCGCGGCCGCAGAUGCGAUUAAGCAAGAUGCAACCCCGGACGGAGAACGCAAGUCAAAGCGUCGCCGUCGCCAGACUGAACCCGGUCCUGUCUCUUUCGCUGCUACGGGUCCUCCUAAUGAUCCUGCUCCUGCUCCUGGUGCCCAUUCCCCUCCGAAAUCCGCGGCAAAAGCCCAGUCUCAUUCAAGCAAGGUUGCCUCCAUCGCAAUACCUACUACUGAGGAUGUGAAGCCUAAAGUGCAGCGGAUUCGUCUGACUCUCAAGCCCGCACCCGAGGCUGAGGUUAACGGGGAUGAUUCAUCCCACACAGAAGAUACCCCUGCCGUGCAUUCCCCUUCGUCCGGCCCCUCGCGCGCGCCUUCCCCCGCGCAAACUCCUAAGCGCUGUCGUCGCGGCCCAGCAAAGGCCAAAUCAGGCCUCUACUAA